AUGGUAACACAAGCAAACGUUUAUUCAAGCCUCUUGAGGCUUUCGCUCAAUCUCCAUUGCCAUGUUUUUAUGUAUUAUUUGCUAAAUAAGCUUUCUUUACCAUCCAACGCACUAUAAUACAUACGCAGUUAAAAUGGAGGGAACCGAUACCGGAGGAAAUACUUACCUCAUUAGACCGAAUUAUCAUCACAAGUUCAAAGCAGCUGUUGUGAAGGAAUGCAUUCAUGAUGUCCUGAGAGAACAACUGUCUGGGGUGCAGUAUGAUCCGGAUGAGGUCGGCGUUCUGUCCCGUUCAUUAGCAGAUUGCAUAAAGGACAAACUGAAGGAUGUGGGCUUUGACCGAUACAAGCUGGUGGUACAAGUGGUAAUUGGAGAGCAGCGAGGAGAAGGUGUCAAGAUGGCUGCCAGGUGUUUCUGGGAUGCUGACACAGACAGCUACGCUCAGGACAUUUUCAUGAAUUUCACUAGGGAGAAUGACCGUGAAGACGAGGAGGAUGUGGAACUGAAAAUUAUCUGGAUGAGGAUUGCAAUAUUGGUGUGAUCAUUGAAGACGUCUUCCACAAUCGUUGAUGCAAAGAAAAUAAUAUUUUUUUCCCAGAUAUAAUUACAACAGAGGUGUGCUGUAAUCAAAUGAAAUAGAACGUUUAGGAAGUUCUAGUUUGCAUCAAGCCUGUUUAGCAUUUGGCCAGAGGUUCUCAUCCACAUAGCAGUGAAUGUUCAUGCACCUGGGGAUAAAAUAUUUUGGCAUGGCCAAUCCAUUGUCAGGGUUGAAUGCACUUUGGAUACAAGUGUUUUUUUUUACGUAAAUGAAAUGUAUUACAGUAAUCUAUUAAACAAUGGAAUAUUAGCAAAGCAGAAGAGAACCCCCCCCCCAUAGCAAAAAUACCAUGCAAUUAAUUUUUGCUUAUGCAUCUGUUUGUGUCAAUAUCAGAUUAGAAGAAAAAAAAAUCAUAAUUGCGCAUUACAGUCAGCCUCUGUCAUGCUAUAUAUGUUUAUACUUUACAAACAUUUUUGUUCUGUUGUUCACAAUCUCAAUAAACACUGGUCCAGUUAUUUAUUUUUUUGUGGUCUUAGUCAAGUGAAAAUGUGCUGAGGUUUUUGAUACAGCUGCCUUUUUGACGAUGUGGUUUUGAGGGUUGUAAUUAAGAGUUGUGAAGAUGUACCACAUACUUGUGAAAAUUGCACCAAUGGUCUGCCUUGCGUCAUGUGGUCUGCGUUGCGUCAUGUGGUCUGCGUUGCGUCAUGUGGUCUGCGUUGCGUCAUGUGGUCUGCCUUGCGUCAUGUGGUCUGCGUUGCGUCAUGUGGUCUGCGUUGCGUCAUGUGGUCUGCCUUGCGUCAUGUGGUCUGCCUUGCGUCAUGUGGUCUGCGUUGCGUCAUGUGGUCUGCGUUGCGUCAUGCGGUCUGCCUUGCGUCAUGUGGUCUGCGUUGCGUCAUGUGGUCUGCGUUGCGUCAUGUGGUCUGCGUUGCGUCAUGUGGUCUGCCUUGCGUCAUGUGGUCUGCCUUGCGUCAUGUGGUCUGCCUUGCGUCAUGUGGUCUGCGUUGCGUCAUGUGGUCUGCCUUGCGUCAUGUGGUCUGCCUUGCGUCAUGUGGUCUGCGUUGCGUCAUGUGGUCUGCCUUGCGUCAUGUGGUCUGUGGUCUGCGUUGCGUCAUGUGGUCUGCCUUGCGUCAUGUGGUCUGCCUUGCGUCAUGUGGUCUGCGUUGCGUCAUGUGGUCUGCCUUGCGUCAUGUGGUCUGCCUUGCGUCAUGUGGUCUGUGGUCUGCGUUGCGUCAUGUGGUCUGCUUUGCGUCAUGUGGUCUGCUUUGCGUCAUGUGGUCUGCCUUGCGUCAUGUGGUCUGCCUUGCGUCAUGUGCCUUGCGUCAUGUGCCUUGCGUCAUGUGCCUUGCGU